UCCGUGACUUAUAUAAGGGGGCGUCGCGGGGCCCAGACAAGCCCGAAAGGCUGGCGCCUGUGAUCCGAGGCUUCCUCGCGGCUUCCGAACGCGAACGAGUAUCCGCCAGGGCGCCCGCGUCGCCAGCCCUCGAGCCACCACCCACCCCUCCGCCUUCGCCUUGCGCUCGCGCGUUCCCGAGUCCGCGCGUCCAGGCCACCCGGAAGGAUGCGCUGCGCGCCGACGGCCCCCGCAGCCCUGGUGCUGUGCGCCGCCACCGCCGGGCUGCUGAGCGCGCAGGGCCGCGCGGCGCCCACCGAGCCCCCCGAGCCGCCGCGCUUCGCGUCCUGGGACGAGGUGAACGUGCUGGCGCACGGGCUCCUGCAGCUCGGUCACGGGCUGCGCGAGCACGUGGAGCGCACCCAGGGGCAGCUGGGCGCGCUGGAGAGGCGUCUGCGCGCGUGCGGGGCAGCCUGCGCGGAGUCCGGAGGCGGCGCCGCGACCCCCGGUCCGGGCCCCCGCGCUGCCGCUGCCGCCGAGACCCUCGGCAGCCUGCAGACUCAGCUCAAGACUCAGAACGGCAGGAUCGAGCAGCUCUUCCACAAGGUGGCCCAGCAGCAGCGGCACCUGGAGAAGCAGCAGCUGAAAAUAGAGAAGCUGCAGAGCCAGGUGAGCCACCUGGGCCACAGGAUGGCCAAGACCGGCCGGAGGAAGAGGCUACCCAAGAUGGCACAGCUCGCUGGCCCUGCUCACAAUACCAGCCGCCUGCACAGGCUGCCCAGGGACUGCCAAGAGCUGUUCGAAGAGGGAGAGCGGCAAAGUGGACUGUUCCAGAUCCAGCCCCAGGGGUCCCCACCCUUCCUGGUUAACUGCAAGAUGACCUCAGAUGGAGGCUGGACCGUAAUUCAGAGACGCCAGGACGGCUCCGUGGACUUUAACCAGCCCUGGGAAGCUUACAAGGCUGGCUUCGGAGACCCCCAAGGUGAGUUCUGGCUGGGCCUGGAGAAGGUUCACCGCAUCGCCGGGGGCCGCGGCAGCCGGCUGGCCGUGCAGCUGCGGGACUGGGAGGGCAAUGCCGAGUCGCUGCAGUUCCCCGUCCAUCUGGGUGGGGAGGACACGGCCUACAGUCUGCAGCUCACAGCUCCCGUGGCUAGUGAACUGGGGGCCACCACUGUCGCCCCCAAUGGCCUCUCCCUGCCCUUCUCCACUUGGGAUCAAGACCAUGACCUCCGUCGGGACAAGAACUGUGCCAAGAGCCUCUCCGGUGGCUGGUGGUUUGGCACCUGUGGUCAUUCCAACCUUAAUGGCCAGUACUUCCGCUCCAUCCCCCACCAGCGGCAGCAGCGUAAGAAGGGCAUCUUCUGGAAGACCUGGCGAGGCCGCUACUACCCACUGCAGGCCACGACCAUGCUGAUCCAGCCGACAGCGGUGGGAGCAGCCUCCUAGCCUCCCCGCUGGGGCCUGGUUCCCAGGCUCGUAGAGGACAGUGACUUUGACCCUGGCCUUGCAUGUGGCCACUCCCUGCCUCGAGGCAGGGGCUCAACACAGGGGCCAUGUGGAGCCUCAUGGACAGAGAAGAGGCUCGUGACUGGAGGUGCCCCCCUUUCUGAGUGGGGGGCCGCAGGUGACAUCCUCUGGGGACAGAGCUACAGGGUUGCAGGACACAGACCCAGGAAGCGGGAGACGGAGGGGCGCCGAGACCCACUCUUCGCCCGCCUGAGGAGUCGAGGACGCAGAGGGACCACGCGGGGGCAGCUGAGCCAGCCCUCGAUGGCGGAUUCAGUCACAUUGACUGGCUGGGGGGGGGUGGCCAGGGCUCCCAUGGGCCCCCAGUGCCUUCACGGCGCUCCUGUGUGUGGGUGCUGUGGGGUGAGCCGGGGCCACUGGUGUCCGGGUGGAGCUCUCCAAAUUCUUGCAAUAAAAGCAACCUCGGAACAUUU